CUGGAAGGAAGAGCCAAGGUACUAUGAAGCAUGCAAGAAAGAGUUGGAGAAGGCUGGAUUUGGAGGGUUAUUGGAGCUUCGAUUGACAAAUUUUCCUAGGAAGUUGUUCGAUUCCUUGAUGGCACAGUACGACUUGGUCACCAGUUCAUUAAUUUACGGUGAAGGGGAGAACAAGAAGGUGCUUACAAUCGAAACUGAGGAUGUUGCCCGUGUUUACGGCCUUCCUAUUGGUGGAGCUGAGAUUGAUGUCAUUAGGUCUAACGACAAGAUGCUUGAUAUGUUCAUGGAGGAGCUCAAUAUCGAGUGUAAUCGAAGUCGAAAUGUCGAAGUCAUGCAUCUUAGAGAGGCAGCCUGUGGUGGUCCAGAUGACGAACCGGAAAGGAGACCACUUGUUGCAGCCGCAGUGAAGCAGUUUUUGUUGCUGGCUAUGGGUUCGAUGCUCGUCCCAAAGAUGUCACGACUUUGUGAUCUCGAUUAUGCUGAGUACCUUGUUGGAAGGGUGGAAGACAUUGCCACUUUUAAUUGGAGUGGUUUUGUUGCUCGCAAUAUGAAGUUUGAGUUGUCUCGUGCUAAGGAAAACGAAGCUGAAGCUAGGGCUAAUGGUAGACAACAAUGGCCUCUCGGAGAUAUCCACUUCUUAAUGGUAACUUCUCCUUUAACAUUGUUGAUAUUGUUUAUUUGAUGUGCUUAGGAUAUUAGUUCUUUUAAUUUCUGAUAUAUGUUUUCUACGCCUUUGAUAUUAGUAUCGCUUCUUAGGAUAUUAGUUCUUUUUAUUUCUGAUAUCUGCUUUCUAUGCCUUUGAUAUUAGUAUCGCUGCUUAGGAUAUUAGUUAUUUUCAUUCGUGAUAUCUGUGUUUGUUUGCUUGUGAUAUUAGUAUCGCUGCUUAGGAUAUUAGUUAUUUUGCAUUCGUGAUAUCUGUUUUGUUUGCUUGUGAUAUUAAUAACCAUGCAUAGGAUAUUAGCUCUUUUAUUCGUGAUAUCUGUUUUGUGUGCUUGUGAUAUUAAUAACCGUGCAUGGGAUAACCAUUUCUGUAAUAUAACUAAAAACAUCCA